UUAGUAAGUUAACCAACAUUCAAAGUGACGAUUUUAAACACUUUUAUGUUUUACUAUUGUUUGAAUCAACAUAUUUGUAUUUAUUUUACUAACAUUAUUUCAGGAUUGUAAUUCCUCUGUGUACUUUUUGUAGUCAUUGCAGUUUUUUUGUAGUUUUUAAACAGAAGAGGAAGUCCGUCUAAGGGAACUUAUAUCAUCCGGAGACAGUUCCCGUCGGAGCUAUUUUUAAGUUGAACGCUAACUUCCGGUACAGGACUAGUUUCACAGAAGGUGAAAGAGCUUGUUUUUGUUUAAAAUCUUCCUUCGUGUUGAGUUUUAAUCCAGAAACUUCUCCACGAGACUCUGUUUUACCACCAACAACACGGCGUCAGUUUGAAUCCGAACAAACGGUGGAGUUCAAAAAGCGGCAGUUUGUUAGUCUGUUAGCUCGCUAACAUUAGCACGCUAAGCUAACCGGCUAUCAGCGGCUCCUGGAGAAAACCAACCCGGAAUUUAUCGCUCAGAAUCGGACCCGUGAGUUGUAAAAUCGCCUCUCGAACCGUGAUUAUUUUUUUUGCAUUACAGAGAAGGUGUAUUUUGUUAGUUUUGUUAGCUCGCUAACUUUAGCACGCUAAGUUAACCGGCUAUCAGCGGCUCUUUCGAGAAAACCAACCCGAACAAGAUCACUUAGAAAUCGGACACUUGAGUUGUAAAAACGCCCCCUCGAACCCUGAUUUUUUUUUUUUCUUGGCAUUACGGGAGAAGGUGGAUUUUUCAUGUGUGCACCGGGCCGGGUUUGGACUCUUUAAUGGGAGGCUCCUCGCUGCGGACGGGGAUCAGGCUGCUGCUGGUACCGGGGACCUGGCUGCUGUGUACCGGGUCCACAUGGAGCCUUUGGCCGGGUACGUGUUCAAGGCGGCCAGCGAAGGCCGGGUCCUGACGCUGGCCGCGCUGCUGCACAAUCACCCGGAGGAGGAGGUGCGGUUCCUGCUGAGCCAUGUGACCCAGGUGGCCGGCCAGAGGUCCACUCCGCUCAUCAUCGCGGCCCGGAACGGACACGACAAGGUGGUCCGGCUGCUGGUGGAUCACUACCGGGUCAACACGGAGCAGACCGGCACCGUGCGGUUCGACGG